UUCCGUCAGUAGAGCGGUGUCUGACAGCCUGCAAGCACGGGCCAGAAGCUUUCUUGCCCGGCUGGGAAAUCCGGCAGGGAUCGGUCAAAGACGGAGCGGAUGAAAAAUAACGGCAGAAGAAAAACAAAAAGGAACGGACUGGCUAACCGAAGCGGGGAGGUGAAAGUAGACGACUAGUUGUUUUUGUUUUUCAUUCAGUAGGCUACUCGGUAAACAUUUUGGCAGUGAUUGGACUCAAGAGGUGGGAUAGUAUAUUUUUUUAUUCAUUGUUUUUCUCCAUCGCUUUCACUGCGCUGAUAGUGUUUAUCAGCCUGCCGAGCAUCGUGAAGGACCAGUCUCACUCUGCUCUGCCGCCGCUGCUCUCCCCUCCUUUUUAGAGCCGUUCGGGCUCCGGAUAAUCGUGUGUGGAUGCUGUGCUGUUUUCUUUUACAUGUUUAACAUAAAAUAACAUAUCCUGGGAAGGAGAUAAACUAUGAUAAGAUUAGGAAACAACCGUGAAACAGCGAGGGGAACUAACAUUAUUUAUUAAGCAGUGAGGUAGAGGGAGACUGUGGUGUAUAACGGACACAAGGAGCAGGAGAGAAAGGAGAAGAGGAUUCGCAGCAGGAGGAGAACCAAAAACCUGCAGGUUUGUUGAGCCUGCGGGGAUGAGGACGAGGAGGGACGCAGCCUAACACAGCCCAGGUGUUAGUGUGAUUAGAGGAGAGGGAGCUGGAAGAGGAGAGGCAUUAAAGCGCAGGUUAUUGCCAAUCAAAAACAGGCGGUGAUGGCCGGUAAAAGCACCGGAGUGCACACACUCCGUAAGCCGACCGCAGCCCAGUCAGCAGCCGUAGCAGCAUGAGGAGGAGGAGUCCCUGGGUCUGAACCCUAGAGCUGAGGCAAAGUGCUGCUUCACACAGGGCCUACAGCAGUCACACUCAGGUGUGCUGAUGGUGGGAGAUACCAUAUAUCUGGGUCAUAGAUUAGAGAGAGCAAACACAGAGGAGGUGACCCUUAUCAUAUCCUGAAGGAGACAAGACAUAGAGCAUGACCUUGUGUUUGUCUACAGUGCCAAAGAAGAGCCAGGGAGAAGCCUCCAUGGCCAGAGAAUCAUCGCCUUCCUAGCUUCAUCAGGAGCCCUUUUAACCCUGCUGUAAGCUGCACUGGGGGGCUCAAACGUUCCCCUGACUCCACCAGGAGGCUCACUCCAACCCAUCUGCCAGCUCCGAUAACCCUCUUGACUGUUGGCAACCACAUGUUUGACGUGACUGUGUGUGGCCGCCGCCCAUUCUCGAGCAGCAGCAGCUUCCUGCGACCCCGAUCUGCACCAUGCAGUGGAGACGGCGGCACUGCUGUCCCAUCAAGAUGACCUGGACCGUCAAACGUUCACUCUUCCGGACCCAUGUGGCUGGCCUCCUCUCGCUGGCUCUGCUCUUCACCCUCUUCUUAUUUUUCAGCCACCAGGACUGGCUGCCGGGACGCAGUGGGCCCCGGGAAAACCCGCUGGCCUACACCAUCAGGGGCUUCCGCAGCCCCAAGGGAGAAGCCAACCAGAGCAGCUCCCUGAGGAGCCUGUGGAGGGAGACGGGGUAUGUAGCGCCAAAGCCUCUGCUCAACCUCAGCUCUCAGCAGGCGGAUGGGACAACGGGGGAGGCAGCAGGAGGGGGAGGAGGAGCCAGGAUGGGCGUAAUGGGGCUCGGGGACUCCAUGAGCACUAACAACAGUUUACACAAGGAGAUGGGUGUUGGAGGGAGGCUCAGCGCUCAGCCCUACCGCUACAUCCUGAACGAGCCCUUCAAGUGCAGGGACAGCACGCCCUUCCUCAUCCUCCUUAUCGCUGCAGAACCCGCCCAGGCCGAUGCCCGUAACGCUAUCCGCCAGACAUGGGGGAAUGAGAGCAUAGCAAUGGGCCUGGGGUUUGUCCGUCUUUUCCUGCUCGGCACGGGAAAAAGCUCAGACACCUACCUCCAGAGCAGCAUAGAGGAAGAGAGCCGCGUUCACCACGACAUCAUCCAACAGGACUAUCAGGACACUUACUACAACCUGACCAUCAAAACCCUGAUGGGCAUGAACUGGGUGGCCACCUAUUGCCCACACGCCUCCUAUGUGAUGAAGACAGACAGCGACAUGUUUCUCAAUACUGAGUAUCUUAUCCAAAAGCUGUUGAAGCCCGAGCUGCCUCCCAAGCAGAGGUACUUCACUGGCUACCUGAUGAGGGGCUAUGCACCAAACCGAAACAAGGACAGCAAGUGGUACAUGCCGCCGGAGCUGUACCCAAGCGAGCGCUACCCGAUAUUCUGCUCAGGCACGGGGUACGUGUUCUCAGGGGACAUGGCCGGGCUGAUCUACCAGGCCUCGCUCAGCAUACGCAGGCUGCACCUGGAGGAUGUUUACGUGGGGAUCUGCCUGGCAAAGCUGCGCAUCGACCCGGUACCCCCUCCCAACGAGUUCCUCUUCAAUCAUUGGCGGGUGUCGUACUCCAGUUGUAAGUACAGCCACCUGAUCACAUCCCAUCAGUUCCAUCCCAAUGAACUCAUCAAGUACUGGAGCCACUUGCAGAGCAACAAGCACAACGCCUGUAUCAACAUUGCCAAGGAAAAGAACGGCAGGUACAGACACCGAAAGUUUCAUGGAGAGAGGCCUCCAUGAUGCAUCCUGUGACUACCAACCACUUACAAAAAAAAAAGAAGUGAGAUGGGCACACUGUAACUCAGCCGGUAGAGGGCAUUUUGAACUCAGCACUAUUCACUAUAUGGGGAAAAGCACAUUGUUUUUGGUAUUGUGUACAGUUGAUGAUCCAAACUAUUUUUGUUAAUUUGAGAAAAAAAUGUUAAGUAAUGUAAACCUGUUGAGCUAUUUCUAAAAGGAAGAUGGUCUGUGAUGUGGAUCAUGCACAAAAAGUGCUGCGGUCAUUUAAGAGUGGUGUUUAUGAUAAUUCAGGUGCCAACAGAAAGGUGGUGACAGUAAUUCAUGCUACAGUUAAUGUGAAGGCUCUUCUCUAAAGGGCAGUACAGUAUGUUGCACUCUACAAAUCCAAAAAAAAUAAAAAGGAAGACACAAUUGUGUUUACAGACAAAGGGAAAUGCACAUGUAUUUUGUAGAAAGUUACACUACCUAAAUAUGAAUGAAAGUAUAUUUGACGUUGACCAGUUAUGCUGCCCUGUUCCUCAGUGUUUACGUUACAGAUUUAUCCAAGAAGGCGACUCUAAAGAGAUGGUUUAUCUGUCAUAUACUUUAUUUUGUUUGAAAAAAAUCUAAAUAAAAGCACUCACGUCACGUCAGAGAUGACUGAGAUUGUAUUUUUUAAAGCUUUACAUUGAGUAUGACUCUGUACUUGAGCAAAUGUUCAAUUAAUUAACAAUUAAAUGUACUGAACUCAU